AUGACAGCUCAGAACAAGUACUUCUUAAUGUUCACAAAGAAGAAAUCAGAGCAAAAGCUCUUGACUGUUAAAGAGGAGCCUACUAUAAUAGAUAAUAUAUUCUGUGGCUACUGUUUAACAUUUGUAUAUACAGUACACAUCAAAAAGUCUUGUUCCUGCAAGCAAGAAAUCACAAAGACCUGCACCAAUUGUGCAGAAGAUAAAAAAGCCUGUACUUCUGUCUCUUCAGAGCUGCAGAAGAAAGUGACAGUAUUGCUGUCUGAUUAUAAUAAUUUCCUCAGGCUUAAGAAUGUGAUACUUCAAGAGAAAUUGAAAGCCAGUAUGGUGGAACAGGCCACUAGUCUUAAUGAAUUACUUGCCAAAAUGGCACUUCUGUCAGUCUGA